AAGCACCUAUAAAAAGCAAUGAUAAGCCGGAGAAGUUGGAAAAAGGACGCAUGGUCGGUGUAGACACGGUACACGACAUUCCAAUUAACAAAGACACGAUUAUAUCUCGAAAUUUCGUUGACAAUUCAAAAUUGGACUGGAAAAAUGGAAGAAAAGGAAAACACGUAAACGUAAAAAAAGAGGACGAACGUGAGCCAGAUUGGUCAUACAGUUCAUUCCCACCUGAAGUGAAAAACCAUGUUAUCCAGUUUAAGAAAAACAUGACCGAAUGUUUAAAAGAGGUUCAGGCCAGUGACACUAGGACAGUGAAGCGCCUGUCUCCAAAACAGGAGUCGCCUGUCCAUGGAGAAUGCUUAAUCGCAUGUGUUUUGAAGCGGAAUGGAGUUAUUGAGAAUGGAAAAAUUAAUAAAGCAAACCUCAUAAACUUGGUGAGCAAGUUUUAUGCAAAAGAUACAAAACUAAUGAAGAAACUUGAGAAGAACAUAGACCGCUGCAUUGAGCUGAGUCUUAGAAUCCGAGAUGAGUGCGCACUGGCAGCCCACCUGAACGAAUGUACUAACGACCUCAUGGCUAGUAACAAGCAUAAAAUCGUAGUAAAUUAUUAAAAACACUUGUAAUUCAUCAUCUGAGUCUAAAUAAAUUAACAACUAGACAUUUUUGAAAAUUAA